AUGUCUGCCGACAAGCUCCCCAAGUCCCUCCAGGCCACCGAGGAGGACAUUCAGUUGCUCUUGAGUGCUCAGUCGCACUUGGGUACUAAGAACUGUGACAAGACUAUGGAGCCGUAUGUGUGGAAGAGGAGGGCUGAUGGUAUCCACGUCCUCAACGUCGGCAAGACCUGGGAGAAGCUCGUGCUCGCUGCCCGAAUCCUCGCCACCAUCGACAACCCCAACGACGUCUGUGUCAUCUCUAGCCGACCCUACGGCCACCGAGCUGUGCUCAAGUACGCCUCCUUUACUGGCGCGCAGGCUAUUGCUGGCCGAUUCACCCCUGGUUCUUUCACCAACUACAUUACUCGAUCUUUCAAGGAGCCCCGAGUGAUUAUCGUGACCGACCCCAGGGUUGACCACCAGGCUAUCCGAGAGGCUGCCUAUGUCAACAUCCCCGUCAUUGCCUUUGCCGACACUGACGCCUCCCUCAAGUUUGUCGACGUCGCCAUCCCCGCCAACAACAAGUCCCGCCACUCUGUCGGUCUCCUCUGGUACCUCCUCUGCCGAGAGACCCUCCGUCUCCGGGGUACCAUCCCCCGAGGCCCCACCGGCCCCGACGGCUGGGACGUUCUCCCCGACUUGUUCUUCUACCGCGACCCCGAGGAGAUCAAGCGUGAGGAGGAGGAGAAGGCCGAGGCUGCCGCUGCCCAGGCUGUCGAGGAUGCCCCCGCCCCCCCUGUGGGCCAGGAGUGGUCUGCCGAGAAUGUUGGUGAGGCUGCGCUCGCUGCUCAGCCCACUGACGCUACCCUCGACUGGUCUGCUGAGCCCACCUCUGGUGACUGGGCCGCCGAGCCCGCUGCCGAGCCCGCUUGGUAA